GUUAGUGUACAGGGUGUAUCUGGUGAACAAAUCACAAUUCUUGUUCAAAAUAUUCACAAUAAAAAAUCACGACGAACCCCAGUUCAGGAAGAAAGAUGCAAGAGUAUCCGGUGUGCCUGUAGCAUUUGUGUGGGGUGGUUUCCUUCAAUAGUCAGUAGUUGAAGCCGCCUCGAAAUGGGUCAUUAUUUUUGACCUCCUCUCGUUCUGUUAAAAAAAAAUAUGGGAGUGAAAAUACAAUCGUGUUGUUAAUCAAGGUGGAAUUGGUUAAAUAGGAUGAACAUGAAUUUAUUUAACAAUCUACGAAUAAAUAGAAUCAAAUGAUCAUUUAUCCAGGAUUCAGAAGUGCACAAGUGUGAAAAUUCUUAAAUGCAUUCAGAGAUUCACGAGAAUGUACAUAAUAAUAAAUUGAACCAGAAACUUUGUUACUAUAAGCAUCUCAAAACAUAGUGCAGGAUAGAGAUUUGUUUUUUGGACUUUUAAAGAGCUUAUAUCACUUCUCCCACCAUACUUGUACAAGUUUUUAAAUUAAGAAAAUGGAAAAAGCAAAAACAUACAAAUAUGCUAUUACACCCAACUAUAAGUAAAAUUGAACAACUGAGUUGAAGGCAACAUAAUAAAACAUAUUUCCUACUAAUAUAAUUUAAUAACGGUCCAAAAAAGACAUGUAAAUUUCACUUGAUAAAAAAUGAAUGAGAAAGCAACGAUUCGCUAUCAGUACGACUCAUACACUCCUUUUACGGCUAAUGGAGUAAACCCACUGCAGAGAAGUGAGAUGAGUACGGUUUUGAAAAAUGUAACCCAAACAUCUACAACGAUAGCCAUCAGCAGCAACAAAACUACCAAGUAUGGAUGUUGCUCUUGCCAGAGCAAAAAUUCUUCAAAUUUUUGGGCCGCAAUCCUUACCAAUCUCGGCAUUUGCACUCUGUUGUUCGGGUACACAUUGCUAGGAUCGUUCAUCUUCCUUGCCAUAGAGGGAGGUGCAAAUCAGAUGCAACAGCGUAUGCUAGCAUCCACUAAUCGCCACCUGAAGCCCGUUUCAACACGCAGCGAUAAUCACACACUUUCACAGCAGGUACUGCUCGAUGCAUUGGAAGCAAGACAAAGAACGGUCGAAAAUAUAUGGGAUAUUACGGUAUCUCUUAACAUACUUUACAAGGAAAACUGGACUAGCCGUAGUUCCUGGUUUGCACCGGAAACAGAGCAAGAUCGCCCCCCAGCAGCUGGAUACCUAGUUGCGGCUGAGGACAAAACAAAGGUUGGCAUCGCUUGAAAUCGCCCGUUUUCAGGACCAAAUAAUCAAAAGACUAUCAGAAGA